AUGCCCUCCAACAAGAAGCAAUGGGCGGAGCGCAAGUUGACUCGCGAGACCAACCGUUUGCGUCAUGCAAAAGCAUCGGAGCUGCUCGACGUUGCGGAGCAAGCCUGGCUACAAACACUCGACGAGAUCUCCUUGGACACCGGCAUCCCCAAGAACGUGCUCAAUGCAAACAUGAAGGGGCAAAAGGCAGGGUACUUUGAUAGCAAGCGGCGUGUGAGCUUGUUCAACGCUGCGAAGCACCUGCUUGCACAAGAGGCCCGCUCCAAAGGGGAGAUAUUCUACUGGGCCUUGCCGGAGAACAAGAACAUUAUCGAGGCAAAGGUCGAAUGGCUCCGAACUCAUCCUGAAGCUGCACUAUCAGCUGAACAUGCAAUCUUGGCCAAGCGCGAGUCGAAGCACCUUCAAAAGGAUCUUUCAGCACUCGAACUGGUGGCCAUGCUUGUGGCUUGUGGCUUCGUCGUCCGGGGCAACAUCAAGGACUACGCCAAGCCCCACUUCUUCGGCGACGAACUCUGCAAGCAAUUCUUCGAGGAGAUCAUUGGAUAUCCCGUUCUCCAGAUUGCCAUGGGCUUGGAGGCGUAUUGUACAAGUGGGGGAGCUCAAGGCAAGUGUUUGGGUCAAGCUCUUCUGUGGCGCAAGCUGAUGAAUGAAUAA